AUGUCCAUGGCCAAGUUCCUGGCUUCGCAGAACGCGCUUUCCGCGUCCUACCGAUCCACAACAACUGUGGAUGUACCAGCUCUACUGCGCAGCCUUCUCUCCCGCGGCCUCCUCUCCAGCCGCCCGCACAGCUCGCCCUUCUCGGCAGAUCUGAGUCGAAAUUCCGAUCUUGAGGCAAUACACAACUGGCUCGCCAGUGCACUACCAACCCACCGCAUUCGCGGUGUUCUGCGGGUUGAAUGCAGUGGAGCAGCGGCAGCUGCAUACAGCAGUGUCUCCUCCACGCUCGGGCCAGAGAGGCUGCUGUGGCAUGGUACCUCGUGGGAUUGCGUAGGAAACAUCGCGCAGAAUGGUUUCAAUCGUGGCUACAGUGGGCGACAUGGCUCCAAGCUGGGCCGAGGCAGCUACUUUGCCGAAGAGCCUACUUUCGCCUUGCGUUUCUGCGGGCGGCGCGAGCCGAAGGCGAUUUUCCUGGCAGGCUGCGGUUUCUAUUCGGGUGCAUUGGCCUACAACAGAAGAGUCAAAGCAAUCAAUUCUCUUCAAUGA